AGGACUUUGUUUUUUUUUUUCACUUUUAUAAACCCUUUUGCGCGGGUUUCUCUAAUGCAGAACAAUCAGUAUCCCCACUUCUCUGACGAAAUGGGUGAUGGGAACAUGAACUUCCCAUAUGCAUCAUCAUCCUUUGAUGAUUUGUUCCCACCGUGUGCCAAGUUACCAUUCCACGGCGUUGAACUUCAACCCUCUCCGGUCUGUCCAAAGAACUUUGUCAUUUUCGACCAGACGUAUGACCACAGCCAAGUCAUGUACCAUCCUGGCCUGACACCUAGGCUCGUGAAUUCCGGAUUAGCUUCCACGUUUGAGAACGAGUAUGCUGGGGGAAGUUAUGGUUAUAACUAUGGCCAAGAAGUCUAUGGUAACUAUGGCGGCGGACAAGAAGUACUCUCAUCUUCUUACCAAGAAGAUCCGAAUGAGAUUGAUGCUCUCUUGAGCACAGAUGAGGAUAAUGAGGGGGAGGAGGAUGGUGGCGAUUCAGAAGAGGUCAGCACGGCUCGUAACGCUUCAAGGGAUUAUGGGAAUACAUCAGCUGAGUCUUGUUGCUCAAGUUAUGGGUAUAACAGCUCGAGAAGGAAGCAGAGUUCAUCGGCAAGUGCUGCUAGUAGUUCUAAUAAUGAUGGGAAAGGAGGAAGGAAGAAAAAGAUGAAGAAGAUGAUGGGAAUGUUGAGGAAGAUUGUCCCUGGAGGUGAAGAGAUGAAUACAGCUUCCGUUCUUGAUGAAGCUGUUCAGUACCUCAAGUCGCUUAAACUUGAAGCUCAGAAACUUGGCGUUGGACAUUUCUCGAACCAGUCUUGAAUGGUAUCUGGACCGUUUCUUGGCAAGUAAACCGGUCCUGGCUCUAUCUGGACCGCUCUCUCCUCUCUUAAGAUCAUCUUAUGAUAUAUAGUAUGUUGAAUCUCUCUCUCUUUUGUGUGUGUUUGCACAAGCUGUACUUGUGAAUUUGAUUUGAGUUUGGUUUUGUAUCGUUUGAACUUUUACUGUAAUCAUUUGUCAUUUGCUUAGUAACUUUAUGCAUUUUGCAUCUUAUUUAAAAAAAAAACAUUUGGUCUUCUGAUGC